AUGGUCGUUGUUGCUGUUGCCGGUGGUACAGGCAAUGUUGGCCGCACCAUUGUCGAAACAUUGCUGCAGACAAAACACCAAGUCGUUGUGCUAGCCCGCAAAGCUUCUUCUAGUCUGGAAGGUCCGUUGACUGUCAAAGUCGACUACUCAAAUGUCGAUGCAACGACCCAACUCUUGGAAGAGCACAAAGUCCACACUAUCAUAUCAGCCCUAAAAAUCACCGAUGAGAACGCCUCAGCCGCCCAAGUCAACCUCAUCAAAGCCGCAGACUCGUCGUCCUCUGUAAAAAGGUUCAUCGCCAGUGGCUGGGGCGGCAUUCCUAGCGAAACAUCACCCCUGACAGCCCUCCAGCGGGUUUCUAAUGAUGAACUGCGCAAGUCAAACCUUCAGUGGACGAGAUUCGUGAACGGCUACUUCUCCGACUACUACGGCAUACCUGGCGUUAAAACUCAUUUCACUCCACUGUCCUUUGUCGUCGAUAUAGCUGGCAGGAAGGCGGCUAUUCCUGGAACAGGCGACGAACCCAUGGCGUUUACGUACUCCUACGACUUGGCCAAGUUUGUGACUGCCUUUUUAGAUGUUUCCGAGUGGAACGAACUUACCUUUUGCUAUGGUGAGAGGAUUACGUGGAAUGAUUUCGUCAAGGUAGCGGAGGAGGUAACUGGCGCUUCAUUUGACGUGGUUUACGAUUCAUCUGACAAGUUGGCUGCUGGAAACAUCACAGAACUCCCCUCACACGAGAAAGAGUUUGCUGCUGCUCCGUUCCCAGCCGCGUUUGCUCGUCAACUCUUGGCUAUACUUGGCCACUGGGUUGUGGAAGGAAGGUUUGACAUUCCCGUGGAUGAGUCGCUCAACAAGGCUUUUCCGGAGAUUAAUCCUUUGAGUGUUCAUGAUGUACUGCGUCAGCGGGAUGUGGUUGAGUAG